AAAAAAUACAAAGGGGAAAUAGAGCUCUGUGGAGGGAUCUGGAAAUUAGUGUUAUUUUAUUUUUUUUGUUACAGAUUUAAAUGAACAGAUUUUGCUCUGUAACAACACAGUUUUGAAAUUUGUGAGGCAAUUUUGCUCGAGAUGCAAGAAACAGCAGACUAUGGAGCUGGAGGGAACAACUGUUGAGUCCAGGAAGUCUCUUUUUGUAAACUCUGUUCAGCUAAUGGUGAUGUUGUGUCUUUGAGCUGGCUUGACCUGGUCAAUAUAUCUGUUGAAAUCGAAAGAAAAAUCACAGCAUUCCAAACCAUACAACCAGCUUUCAAACUGAAUGCGAUUCAUCAGUAGCAACCCGGUUCCUACCAGCAGAACUUGACCAAACUAAAGGCUUUGCAUUUGCAAAAAAUUCUCAGUUCGGCACAUGUUAAUUGGGAAUCAGUUCAUGAAAAAAAAAAUUGAAAAUUCCAGGUAGAAGAGCUCCUGAUCACACAAUCCUACCCAAAAUUGUUUGUGUUUUAGUCUACUGCUGCGUUAAGCAUUUACAAUGAAGGUUAAACACUCUGUAACCGCUCAGAGGAAGUAUAACGCUUUUAAAUGCUCAGAAUGUGGGAUGAUUUUUACAUGGAAUCAUCAGCUUGCAUUACAUCGGAAGAUUCACCACAAAAAGGCACAGUCUUUUAAAUGUUCUGACUGUGGAGAAGGGUUUGGAAACAAGCAUAAGCUUGUAUUACAUCAGCGGAUUCAUACCAAUGAAAUAUUUUUUACGUGUAGUGAUUGUGGGAAAAGCAUUUCAAGGCAGGAAAAUAUCUCAAGCCUUUUAAUGGCUCAUAAAGGAAGCAAUCCAUUUAAAUGUGCUGAGUGUAAUGCAAUUCCUGAAAAAAAGGAAACUCCUCCUCCACAGAAUCAGAAAAAACGUUCAUUGGGGAGGCCAUUCAAAUGUCCUGACUGUGGAAAGAAUUUCAGAAGGAAAGACAGACUUUUCAUCCACCAAAGAAUUCACACAGGGGAGAAACCUUUUCUGUGUUUGGAGUGUGGGAAACGUUUUGGAAGAAAGGAUAAGCUUUCUCGCCAUCAGAUGCUUCACACAGGGGAAAAACCUUUUGCAUGCCAGUGUGGUAAAAGAUUUGGAAGGAAGGAUAAACUGUCAGCUCAUCAGAAAAUACAUACACGACACUUGCCAUACAAGUGCACUGACUGCACAAACUGUUUUUUCUCUAAAGCUGAACUUUUGAAGCACAAACGUCUUCAUUCUGGAGCAAAUGCAUAUAAAUGUCCUGACUGUGGUAGAAUUUUCAAAGCUCUGGCUUAUCUUAGUAGACAUCAGAUGAGUCAUACAAAGCAAUUAGGUGGUCCUAAACAAAAGAAGGCUUUUACACGACCAUAUCAUCAGGGCAGCCAUGCAGGAAUGAGUCAAAUGUUUGAGAAAUCUUUUCGAUCUUCUGCAAGUGGUGAAAACUUUAUGUUACAGGAUCAACUGUCAUAUCAGAGUACCCUGGCAGAAAACAGUCACACAUUUGGAAACCCUUUCAUGCCUUCUGUGAAUGGAGAAAGUUUCUUGGGUGAAGGUCAGCUGUCCUGUCAUCCUAGUAUGUACACGGAAAAUGGUCACACAUUUGAGAACCCUUUUAUAUUUCUUGAAACUGGUGCAAUGUUUUUGCAGCCAGAUCAGUUUCCCUUCCAGCCAGGCACUCCGAUAAUAGAAAGCAAACAUACAUUUGAGAAGCCUUAUAAAUGCAGUGACUGUGGAGAAAGUUUUGUGUUAGAAGAACAUCUAUUCUGUCAUCAGAGUAUUCACAGACUGAAAAAAGCUUUUAAGUGCAUUGAAUGUGAAGAAAGUUUUAUAACACAAGAUGAACUCCUCCAUCACCAAAAAGUACACGUACAAGACAUGUCAUUUAAAUGCACAGUGUGCGGAAACUGUUUUGUCACUCAAUUAGACCUCAUCAGCCAUCAAAAGAUUCAUUCUGAAGUAAAGUCAUAUAAAUGUUCCAUGUGUGGAAAGAGUUUUAAAUCAAAGCAUUGUCUUAAAAAACAUUAUAUCCUUCAUAAGAGGAGAAAUAAUUCAGAUGUGAUGAGCUUAUGUCACAUUUUAUAAGGAAGCAUAACUUAUUUUCUUGACAUGAACUUCAUUGAGGGGAUUGUGUAUGUGUGUGUGUGUGUAUUAACUGCAGGACGUUUGCAUGAAAUAGACAUCAUUUAAGUUCUAAGAUGAUGCAUAUAGUAAGACUGCUCUUUAAAUAUAUCAUGAUUGAAGGAAUUCAAAGUGGAUCACUCAACAUAAAAUGUAAGUUAGGCUAACAUCUACACUCCAUGUACUGGAGUAUCCUUCAUCAAGACCUCUUGUGUUAAGCUUGCGGAUUAUUUGAAGUUAGAGUUUCAUAACUUUCCGUACUUUCAUGCAGCUGACAUUUCUGAAUUACAAAAAUCAAGUAUGUAAUGCACAGUUACUCUGUUCUUCAAAAGACCCAUAUUUGUUGUCAUUUAGGUAGAAAAAUUCUCCUGAGAACGGUCUGUUUUGAAGAAGCUUUUAGGAAAUGUGUAAUGUUCAAAUACUGUGCUAGUACCUAUAUAACUAAAGUUGCAAUUAUGCCAGUGGAAGAGUUUCUAUAAAGAAAGGUACCAUCUUUGCACCUAAAAUGUGAUACACAAAAAUGUGAUACACAAGAAAAUUCAAAGAAUACAGGAACAUUUUGCCAUUAAAUUAUUAAAAUACUGAGCCAGAAAAAUCUAAUGCACUGGUUCCGAGAUUCUGAAAUAUAGUUUAAUUUUGAGAAUGCCAGGUUGACAAAGAAAUUGAGUUUUUCAGUUCAAUUCAGCCUAUCAAGCAUUUUAAGGAAAAUCUGAUCUUGUCUGCCAUUAAGAGCUUUUCAAAGGUGAAAUUUAAAUGUGCUCAGUGUCAACAUAGAUUCUUACGGCAGGAUUGCCUUGCAAGCCAUUGGAUGUCCUCCUGUCAUUGUAGAAGCCUUAUUAUUUUUAUUAGUUUGUUUCAGGGUGGGGAGUCUCCAUAACAUUUCUCUUUGCCUGCAGCAGGCUGAAAAGAAACUUACCCAUGGCUGUAGAUUUAAAUGCACAUUUGUUUAAUGGAGAUGCCAUCUAGAUGUGUCACACCAGUGCAUGCCACACAGAGACCCUUUUCCUGAUGGUUUUAUUUUUCAUUCAUAAUCAUUUCCUGCAUGAUUACUCAGUAAGUCCCUGGUUAGCAUGGUGAUUGUGAAUGCUAGAAAAUGUACUUGUUACAGUGUUCUGAAAAAGAUAGUAAGUGGCUGAGGCAACAGGUAUUAGUAGUGUAGAUAGAUUUAUAGGAUUACUGUGUCUCCAUCUUCACACAAUCCUCUAAAUUUGAAAUGUAUUUCAAUAGUUCAUACAGCAAUGUUAUUAAAUUAAGGCCAAACCUUGCACAUUGAGUGCUUCUUUCAAGGAUGAGAGACCUUUGUGUAACCCACAAUGCAAACCAUUAGUGGGACAUUUAAUCCCAUGAAAUAAUUAAGAUGGAUUCAACAUUAAACAGAAACACACUGUAUGAAAAGGGCCGUUAGAGCAUUCCACAAAAGCCAAGAAAUCAUCACAUUUUUUCAAUCUAGUUUCCGAGUCAUCAUUUUGCUGCAGUGAAACCUUUUCCUGAAUGGGACAUCCCAUCUUUAUAAUGGAUCCAUUUCUUACCUCUUAUGUCUUCUCUAUGAGGCAACAGAUGUAGUGGGUACAGUUUUUGUCAUCUGUUCCAUUGAUAGAAAAGCAAUUAGUCUUUUUAUAUCAAAUUACGUUUGAUCAAACAUUGUGUUACUAGCUUUCCUGUGUUCAUGUCCGAAGUUGCCCUUUCCCACUGUUGUGCAUUCUCUGAUAUAGUAUAUUUAAGUAUUAGGGGAUGUGCAAAAAUGAUCAGCCAUUGGAUUGGUCGAUAUUUUUUGGCAAUCAUUUUCUGAUAUUUUGAACUUUGUUAUUAGUCAGUAUUUUUGAAAUAGUGUACCAUGGAGUUUGACUGUCUCUUCUUUGGUCAAGUUUCAGGUUUGGCACAUGGAUUAUACAUAUAUAGUCUUUAGUCUUCUUUUUGGAUAUGUCUGUUGCUUUGACCUCUGACUGCACCAGGAUAGGCUGCAGUACCCUUUAAGUCUGUUUAAAGGUAAGUGGGUAUGAAUUACUUUGUAUUAGUCCACAUGUAUGUAGUGUAGUGCUUUGUGUUACAGGAUCUGUGAUGUUGGCUGUUCGUAAACAAUGGGCAGCACGGCCAGUGUCAUUUGUAGUAAUUUCUUCUCAGGACAAUUACUUUGUGACUACUUUCUACUUUAAGAAUUUGAGAUGUUAGCAUUUUUUCCUAAAUUUUGACUUUUGCCCAUGACAGAAAAAUCUGUAAAAAUAUAUACAUCUGCAAAAGCACACAUUGUAAGGAACAAAUUGUAGGUAUUUAUAUUAUGGUCUUACUGUAAAGUGUAUGUUAAUUAAUAGUGAUUGUUUUAAAACAGCAUUGCAUUGAAAUUUGGAUGUUUACUUUUUAUUGCAAAUUAAAUGUAGCUGGCAAAAGCAUGAUAUGUCUUGGUAAGAGUUUGCAUAAAAAGAAAAAGGCUUUUACCACUUGUGAUUAUGGAGCCAAGAUGAGUAUGUUUGGCAGCUGUAAUUUUAAUUCAUUGAUCCUAAUGAAAACUUUUUUUAAAUUAAGAUUUUUGUGCCAUUGAGUCAUCAGUGAUUAGGUAGUUUAAGCAUCAGUGUUUAUGGUAAACAAGCAAAAUCAGAGUAUACCAUGCCUUAUAUCUUUUUAAAGAAGCAAAAUGGGUAAUAUAUUCACCGGUCUUAGCUUGUACUUUUUUCAUUAACAAUAUAGUAAAACAAUUAUUGAACAUAAAAUUAGCAUUUUUCAAGACUAAUUACCCCCGCUUACCAUUUUUUCAUCUUUGCUGGUCCUGCAUACUACAUAGAGUCACACCUUACAUAAAACGAAGUGGGAGGCAUUCAGGGCAGAUGAAAUUAGAAAGAAUUAGAAAAGAACAAAAAUGGAGUGCAUGCAGUACACUAUAAAGAAAUACCAAGAUCUUUAAGAAAUAAUAUUUAUUGUACUGUAUAUUUAUGUAUGUACCCUGGGUUCACUUUCAUCGUGAAGCAUAUUCCAUGGAGCCACACUUGAUUAAUAUAUUGUAUCAAAUACAUUCUUAAACAUAGCUGGACCCCCUGAAAGGCUUAUUGUGGUAAGUGAUAAGAAAUUAUAGUGAUGCUAUACUCCCUGUAUGAAAUUAUUAUUACUCUGUGGUCACUGCACCUCAGAGAAGGGACAAACAGUGAUUUGUCAUGUAAUCAGAGCUAGCCCUUAACCUGGGGUAGGAUAAAGGAUCAGAUUAGUGGGAUAUGCGGGAGUAGUUUUCCUGUUCUGUAAUUACUUAUUUAAUAUUUUAGUACUGUAAAAGUUUUUUAAUUUGAAAUUUGUGGUGAUAUUUUGUCCAGUUUUAUGGAAAUUAUUUCAGAUAAAUAUAUUACAUCAGCAGCAAGAAGAAACGCAGCCAGUAAAAUCCAUAUUUUUGGUGGAUUGAAAAGGCUUAAUUUUUAUUUAUAAAGAGCACUAGGAUGACUGUAUGUUGGAAUUAGCUGGUUUAUAAAUAGAUCAAUAGUAGUCGGUUCCAUGUGUAAAUAGAGGGAUAAAGCCCUAUCUAUAAGUCAGGUGGCAGGUGUUCAGUUAUCAACUCAAACAGACACUGGUGUUGGGAAAGAGAGGAAUGGAAAGGACUGAAGUGGCUCAGCCUUCCCUCUAGAGUGGGUGGGGGCCUGUGUUUUGGGUCACACUGUCUAUAACAGAAUCCCCAUUGUAGACUAGGAAUCACACACAUAUACAUACACAUUUAAACAUGUCACGUGGAGGCUUGGACAUGCAUAAUAAAAUCCCAUUGCACUCCUACCCCCAGAAGCUGAUGACCGCAUGCCGUGGGGAAGGCAGGACUUCAUGUCUGAAUGUAAGAGAAACUUCUGGCUCAACUAGAGCAUUGUGGCAAAUCAGCAUAAUUCAUAUGUAAAAAUUUAAAGACAGCAAAAUUUAUAUUCUAUGAAAUUUAUUUAACUCUAUUAAAAAAUGAGAAGUUUUUUUUUUUUUUAAAUCUGUAAAGAUCACAGUAAGUCAUGUACUACAGGCCUUAGGAGUCUGUUAAUCCAAAUAUAUAUAUAUCCUAUACAACAGUGAGACAUAAGUGAAACAGCAACUGUGCUAAAACCUAAAUCAUGCUUCUGUCCUCACUGUGCAUAUUUUGAAAAUAAAUCCCAUCCAGUGACUUGCCUUAUGGUGGUGGAUACCUUUUACAGCCUUGCGUUGUUCUGCAAGUUUAACCCUUUCCUUUGUGUUUUCAUGAUCAUUGUCUUAAUUUGCUUCCUUGAGUGGACCAAUGAAGUAGCACAGUAUAUUUUUUUCUUUGUCAGUAAUAAUCAUUUAAUCAUUUUGGUAAAUUAACAAGUGUAAUCUGUCAGCUAUACAUUAGGGUGUGCAUGCGCUGUCAAACCAGUAAGCCUUUAAUCUUAAUCAAAAUUGAAUUUCCUUACAUUCUAAAAUCAUGUCUAUAUCUCCGUUUAUCCCACCAAGUGGUAACUUUUCUAAAUAAAAAAAUUAAAACCUUUUCCUACAUAAAACGUAGUGCAUUUUGUAUGUUUACCACAUAUAUUAUAUUCUUACUGUUGUACAUGUAAUCUUCUUCUGCAGGUUUUCCCUUUGCCUUCCAGAAUUGUAAGAAUUUUUUGCCACGUUGUUUUUACAUACCAUACAAAAUCCACAGGCUACGUGUACUGUUCUUCUUAUAGCAGCUGUUAGUUAUUUAUUCCUUGUUUCAAAAAUAUUAACAUUCAUCCUAUUUCCAUUUUUAAACAACUUUAUUAAGUAAUCAUUUAAGACCUAAAUGGACAGACACUGACAGGAAAAGAAAACAAACCAUAUUAAUAUUUUUCCAUUUACAUACGUUGUAUAUCACAUAACUUUUUUCUUUCUUUUUUUUAACUUUCAUUAGUUCAGCAUUACAUAAGUCACUGAAUGCCUGCCUUCCCUUAAUCCUCACUCCUUCUACUGAGUAUUAUACUGCAUGUAUUGUUUCCGCAACUUCCAUUUAUUGAUGCAUAGUAUUUACCUGCCAUUUUUAUAAGCUCCUGCUUCCAUUUCUUUUAUAUGUUUGUACAGUUGGCUAAGACUUUGAUUUCCAUUUUCUAGUAAUGGCUUUUUUGGCAGCCAGGAGAAUUUAAAUAUAAUAAGGCCGUAGUGUGUUUAGGCAAUUCAGAUCCUGUGCCCCUCAAAAGAAUAAUAUCCUUAGUUAAAGUAAUUUGCUCACCCAAUAUUUUUGACAAAAUACCCCAUAGGAAUUUUUUUUAAAAUACUCCCAAAACAUGUGUUCCCAGUUACCUCUUUGUUCCCCAUCACACCUCAACAUUUGCAAUCUACAUGAGGAAAAAUCUUUGAAGUAUGGUUUAUAAAAAUGUCUAUGCAAACAUUUCCAAGCAAAGAUCCUAAACCUUCUGGACUUUGUUGCAUACUUGGGAGCUAUACAUAUGUCUUCCCAUUGUUCCUGUGUAAAAUGUUUUUUCAUUCUGUCUUCCAAAUCUUUUGCAACUUCCUGUAUUUGAUUCUUAUAGUCAUCCUGCAGUAUUUUAUAUGUUGUACUAAUUAUCCUUUUUUAACAGCAGCUUCUGUUCUGGAUUCAACUAAAAACUUUACCAGAGCAGGUCUUUUACUUAGGAUUUCCAUGUCCCUUUCUCUCUGCCCAAACUCUGAUGUCAAAUCCCUGUUAGAGAAGACAGUCUCUAGCCUGCUGUGCAAACAUUUUCUUGGCCUCAUCCCACUCUAUUACCUUCCCUUCACUAGUUAUUUGUUCCCAAUAUAUUGGUUCCUUUGCCAGUUUUCUUCAGUAAAUUCCAGCCUCCUCUUCUCUAUUUUUUCUACCCCCUACUUACAUUUAUUCAUAUUGGUGAAAUCUUUCUCCAUUCUUGUGUUGGCUUUGUUCUUAGAAUACUUUCUGCUACUUCAGGAGUGUAAUAUUCUGUAUGUUUGCUAUUAUUCUCCUUAAGGAUCUGCAUCCAAAAUCUGACUUUCUUUAUUUCUUGAACUUCCACCCUGUCUCACCAUCAGCCCUUUCCAUUUCCAAGUAUAGCCUUCUGCUUGUGUUAUUUAUAAGAGCCUUAACUAUGUAGCUUUAAAACAUCCCUUCAAAUCAGAUAAUCCUAAAUCUCCAUGUUGUACUGAAAAAGAUCAACCUAUCCCACUUAACGCUUGCUCUCUUCCCCUCCCAGAUAAUUUCCUUCAACUCUCUUUAUUCAUUAUUAUCCACAAUUCUUCAUCUGGUUGAUAAAAAUAUGCCUGACCCAUAUAUAAAACUAAAGGGGCUAAAAAACAUUUUACUGCUUGAAUCAUUCUGUCCACAUCCAUAAACAAGAGCUUCCAGUUUAUCAGUUUUUGUAUCCGCUUUUGUUUUUGUCUUUUCCCAUGCAUCCUUUGCUGUAGUAACAGAAGUAUUUUUAAUCCUUACUCCAAAAUAUGUCAUCUUAUCAUGUCCCCAUAAAUAUGGGUAUUGCUGAACCAAUUUGUGUGUAGGUACAUCAUUUACAAC